AUGCACGCUUGCUGCCACCCAGUAACUUUGGAACAAGACCUUCACAGAACAAUGCAUAGUUGGAUGCUGCAGACUCUGGCAUUUGCUAUAACAGCACUCGUCCUGUCCUGUGCAGAAACCAUCGAUUAUUAUGGGGAAAUCUGUGACAAUGCAUGUCCUUGUGAGGAAAAGGAUGGCAUUUUAACUGUGAGCUGUGAAAAACGGGGGAUUAUCAGUCUCUCUGAAAUCAACCCUCCCCGGUUUCCAAUCUACCACCUUUUGCUAUCUGGGAACCUCCUGAACCGUCUUUAUCCGAACGAGUUUGUCAAUUAUACUGGGGCUUCGAUUUUGCAUCUGGGUAGCAAUGUUAUCAUGGACAUUGAAACCGGGGCUUUCCAUGGGCUGCGGGGUUUGAGAAGAUUGCAUCUGAACAAUAAUAAACUGGAAGUUCUGCGCGAUGACACUUUCCUUGGUUUGGAAAACCUGGAGUACCUACAGGUCGAUUACAAUUACAUCAGUGUCAUUGAACCCAGUGCUUUUGGGAAACUGCAUUUGUUGCCGGUGCUUAUCCUCAAUGAAAAUCUCUUGUCCAGUUUACCCAACAACCUUUUCCGUUUUGUGCCCUUAACGCACUUGGACCUGCGGGGGAACCGACUGAAACUUCUGCCCUAUGUGGAGCUGUUACAGCACAUGGAUAAAGUUGUGGAAUUACAGCUGGAGGAGAAUCCCUGGAAUUGCUCCUGUGAGCCGAUUUCUCUCAAGGAUUGGCUAGACAGCAUCUCUUACUCAGCCCUAGUGGGGGAUGUGGUUUGUGAGAACCCUUUCGGCUUGCACGGCCGUGACUUGGAUGAGGUGCCCAAACAGGAACUUUGCCCUCGAAUGCUCAUUUCCGACUAUGAGAUGAGGCCACAGAUACCUUUGAGCACCACGGGGUAUUUACACACCACCCCUGCUUCGGUCAACUCUGUGGCCACAUCUUCCUCUGCUGCUUACAAACCCCCCUUGAGAUCUCCUAAGGGGACUCGCCAACCCAACAAGCCCAGGGUGCGCCCCACCGCUAGGCAGCCGUCCAAGGACUUGGGCUACAGUAAUUAUGGCCCCAGCAUCGCCUACCAGACCAAAUCCCCGGUGCCUCUGGAGUGUCCCACCGCAUGCACUUGCAAUCUACAGAUCUCUGAUCUGGGCCUCAAUGUCAACUGUCAGGACAAGAUAGAGAGCAUUGCCGAGCUGCAGCCCAAGCCCUACAACCCGAAGAAGAUGUAUCUGACGGAGAACUACAUCGCCGUGGUGCGCAGGGCGGACUUUCUGGAGGCCAUGGGGUUGGAUCUUCUGCACCUAGGCAACAAUCGCAUCUCCAAGAUCCAGGACCGCGCCUUCGGUGACCUCACCAACCUGAGACGCCUGUACCUGAACGGCAACCGGAUCGAGAGGCUGAGCCCCGAGUUGUUCUACGGCCUGCAAAGCCUGCAGUAUCUCUUCCUACAGUACAAUCUCAUUCGCGAGAUACAGUCUGGCACGUUUGACCCCGUCCCGAACCUCCAGCUGCUGUUCCUGAAUAACAACCUCCUACAGACCCUGCCCUCAGGUGUCUUCUCGGGCCUGACCCUCCUCAGACUGAACCUGAGAAGCAACCACUUCACCUCCUUGCCAGUAAGUGGAAUUCUGGACCAACUGAAGUCGCUCAUCCAAAUAGAUUUGCACGACAACCCUUGGGAUUGUGCGUGCGACGUGGUGGGCAUGAAGCUGUGGGUGGAGCAGCUCAAGGCCGGCGUCCUGGUGGACGAGGUGAUCUGCAAGUCACCUAAGGAGUUCGCGGAGACCGACAUGCGGUCCCUUAAGUCGGAGCUGCUGUGUCCCGACUACUCUGACGUGGUGGUUUCCACACUCACGCCAGCCUCCAUCCAGGUCCCCGCGAGGACCAGCGCAAGGACCCCUGCCUUAAGAGCAAAUAGCACUGGGGACCCCGCGGGCCCAGGCGCGGGCAGAGGCACGUCCUCCGUGCCGCUGUCCGUGCUGAUCCUCAGCUUGCUGCUGGUGUUCAUCAUGUCCGUCUUUGUGGCCGCUGAGCUGUUCGUGCUGGUCAUGAAGUGCAGGAAGAAGAACCAGAGCGACCACACCAGCACCAACUCGGACAUGAGCUCCUUCAACAUGCAGUACAGCGUGUACGGCGGGAGCGGCGGCGCGGGGGGCCACCCCCACCGCCAAGGCCACCACUGUGGGCCGGCGCUAGUGUACGAGUACAUCCCCCACCCGCUGGGCCACAUGUGCAAAAACCCCAUCUACCGCUCCCAGGAGGGCAACUCCGGGGAGGAUUACAAAGACCUGCACGAGCUCAAGGUCACCUACAGCAGCAACUAGCACCUACAGCAGCCGCCACCGCCCACCCCCACCCCCCCAGCAGCAGACCUGCUGUCGCCAGUACAGGACGCAGACCGCUUUUACAGGGGCAUUUUAGAACCAGAUAACUGCUCACCCACCCCUGCUGGCAAUGCCCUCCCGGAAUAUCCCAAAUUCCCGUGCAGCCCAGCUGCGUACACUUUCUCCCCCAACUAUGACUUGAGGGGCCCCCAUCAGUAUUUGCACCCAGGGGCUGGGGACAACAGGCUGCUCAAACCGGUGCUCUACAGCCCCCGCCCCAGUGCUGUCAUUGUAGAACCGAACCGGAACGAGUAUCUGGAGGUAAAAGCAAAACUAAACGUUGAGCCGGAUUACCUCGAAGUGAUGGAAAAACAGACCACAUUUAGCCAGUUCUGA